UGUACCUGAUGAUCAGUUGAGGUGGACGUUUGUGGAGCUGGAGUUUACGACUUUUCUCAUGCAUUAAUGUAUUCACAAGCAACCGCCGACUGAUAAUUCGCUCAGGACCAUCUUGAACCAUUCAGUGCCGUUGACUCAGAGAGUUCCUUCAGCUUCUUCAUUUCCGUCAUCUUCCAGACAUCGAUAAUGGCCGGCAAAGGAGAAUGUUCAGCAAUAGGGAUUGAUCUGGGGACGACGUACUCGUGCGUGGCAGUGUGGAAAAAUGGUGGAGUAGAGAUCAUAGUGAACGAUCAGGGUAAAAGGACGACGCCGUCUUAUGUUGCCUUCACUCACAAAGAACGUUUGGUCGGUGAUGCAGCUAAAAACCAAGUCCACAGGAACCCUGCUAACUCUGUUUUUGAUGCAAAGCGGUUGAUUGGUAGGAGAUUUAGUGAUUCCUUAGUUCAGAAUGAUAUCGAGCUUUGGCCAUUCAAGGUCAUUGAAGGUCAUGCCGACAAGCCUAUGAUUGCGGUCACUUAUAAGGGUGAAGAGAAACAAUUUCCAGCUGAGGAAAUCUCAUCGAUGGUCCUCCAAAAGAUGCGUGAGAUUGCCGAGGCCAACCUUGGCACAACUGUGAAGAAUGCUGUAGUCACUGUCCCAGCCUACUUCAAUGACUCACAACGUAAGGCCACAAUGGAUGCCGGAGGCAUUGCAGGACUCAAUGUCAUACGAAUAAUCAGUGAACCAACGGCUGCAGCCAUUGCUUAUGGUCUUGAUAAGGUGGGCAUUGGUAAGAAAAAUGUGUUGAUCUUUGAUUUGGGUGGUGGUACUACAGAUGUCUCAUUACUUACCAUUGAUAAGGGUACUUUUAAAGUGAAGGCCGUUGCUGGAGAUACUCACCUCGGAGGUGAGGAUUUUGACAAUAGAAUGUUAAAGCACUUCGUUGAAAUAUUUAAGAGGCAACACAAUGAGAACAUUAGUAAAAAUGUCAAAUCUCUGAGGAAGUUGAAAACUGAAUGUGAGACUGCAAAGAUUAUUCUUUCUGCUGCAAGUGAGACUACCAUUGAUGUUGAGUCUUUAUAUAAUGAUAUUGAUUUCACCUCAAGUAUUACCCGGGCCAAAUUUACAGAACUAAAUAUGGACUUGUUUAGGAAGUGUAUUGAGCUUGUUGAGAAGUGUUUGACUGAUGCUAAGAUGGACAAGAGAGAAGUAGAUGAGGUUAUUCUUACUGGUGGUUCUUCCAGAAUUCCAAAGGUGCAAGAGCUGUUGCAAAAAUUCUUUAAUGGAAAGCAGCUUAGCAAGGGCAUCAACCCAGAUGAAGCUGUGGCUUAUGGAGCUGCUGUUCAAGCUGCAAAUUUGGCUGGUAUGGGUAAUGAAAGGGUGCAAAAAAUUAUGCUCUUGGAUGUCAUCCCUCUGUCCCUUGGGGUGGAGGUCCGUCAAGGUGAGAUGUUCGUUGUGAUUCCGAGAAAUACCGCCAUUCCCGCCAAGAAUGAGUGUUAUUUUUCCACCCAGUUUGACAACCAAACGUCUAUUUUGUUCCCUGUUUAUGAAGGUGAGAGAGCAAGAACUGUGGAUAACAAUUUGUUGGGAAAACUUCAGCUUUCCUCCAUUCCUGCAACACGCAGGGGUGUCGCUAAGGUCAAAGUAUGCUUUGAGAUAGAUGCCAAUGGUAUUUUGAAUGUUUCUGCGGUGGAGCAGACCACCGGCAUAAGUUGCAAGAUCACCAUCAACAAUGACAAGACGAGGCUGUCCAAGGAAGAGAUUGAAAGGAUAGUUCAAGAUGCAGAGAAAUACAAGGUUGAAGACGAAGAGCACAAGAAGGGGGUUACGGCUAAGGAGGCUUUGGAGAAGUAUACAUUCAAAAUGGGGAACAUUAUCAAUGAUAAGAAAAUUGGUGACAAACUUGACACUACUAGUAAGGAGACGAUUGAGGCAGCUAUUGACCAGGCAAUUCAUUGGUUAGAUGGCAUCCAGCUCGCGGAGGUACAUGAGUUUGAGGAGAAACUGACUCAACUGAAGUUAAUCUGCAAUCCCAUCAUUCAAAAGAAUGUUGAGAAGUGUUUGACUGAUGCUAAGAUGGACAAGAGAGAAGUAGAUGAGGUUAUUCUUACUGGUGGUUCUUCCAGAAUUCCAAAGGUGCAAGAGGUUAUUCUUAAUGGUAUCUUGAAUGUUUCUGCUGUGGAGCAAACCACUGGCGUGAGUUGCAAGAUCACCAUCACCAAUGACGAGGCGAGACUGUCGCAGGAAGAGAUCAGUAGGAUUGUCCAGGACGCAGAGAAAUACAAGGUUGAAGAUGAUGAGCACAAGAAGAUGUUUAAAGCUAAGGAGGCUUUGGAGAACUAUGCUUACCAAAUGAAGAACAUUAUCAAUGAUAAGAAGAUUGGUGACAAGCUUGACGCUGCUGGUAAGAAGAAGAUUGAAGCUGCUAUUAGGCACGUGACUCAAUGGAUAGAUGGUAUCGAACAUGCAGAGGCAGAUGAGUUUGAGGACAAGUUGAUUGGACUUGAGUUCAUCUGCAUUCCCAUCAUUGCAAAGAUAUCUAGACAACAAUGCUUGAACGAGGAAGCACAUGACGAACACAUGUGUUCUCCGAAGCUUCCCCCUACCUUAACUGGUUAUGGAGUGACGCUACACCUCCGUGAAAAGGUCUCAACAGAGUGUCUAAAAUGCCAAAGAAAGGAAAUAUCGAAGGGGUUAAGUGGGUGGUCCUAUGAAUCGACUUGUGGCCAAUAUUGCUAUCACGUGGCAUGUGUGAAGGACUUAAUUCUUGAGAAUGAACAGAAUAAUGUGUUGCUGCAGAAUAUGGUUCCAGGCGGAAAUAAGGCUAGUAAGUAUGGGUGGAUGGCAAAAGUUGCUCUCAAGCUCAUUUUUUCAGUCAUCUAUGUGGAUCCAAUUACCAUGAUUGAUACUGCUUACGAGUUGAUUUCAAGCUGAUUUAUUUAAUGACAGGAUGGGAAGUUUGUGUAUGUGCGCAUGUUUUUUCUUUUGGAUGAAUUGUAGUACGCUGUUUGGUGUUAUAAAUUAUGUUCUUUAAACCAAUAAUUUAUGUUCGUGGUGGGUUGAUCUGAACCUCAUUAUUUCAGCCAUCAACUCUUGUUGA